AUGACGACAGCAAACAAGCCGCCGAUUGUCGUGGAAGACGUCGAGAUGGACGAAACGUUGGAUGCAGAUGACAUCGAGGAUGUUCAAAUGGAUGCAGCGAACGAAGAAGUUGAUACCUUUCUCCUGCAAUUGAAACUACAGAUGGACGAGCGCGAUGCUGCGGGAGUCUCGUUUAGCUUUGAAUCAUUCACGUCGGUCCUGGUGCAAUGCUUCGUCCCACUUCUCGAGCAUAGCUCGAUGCUACAGAUCGUACCGAUGAUCCACCUUCGGAUUGCUGAAGUCGACCACAAGUUCUUGGUGGAAGUGUUGUCCAACACCCACAUCUACGUCCCGCACGAACUCGUCACGAAAUCCACAUCAGGGAUGUCGACCACGUAUCAUCUGAACCUUCCGAUUCUGCGCACGCCUUUGAAGUGCGACUUUCUCCAAGCCGUGCCCAUGCUCGUCACUGAGUUCAUCAAGCAAAUGCACAUCUUUGAUCCCCAACCGCCACCUCCACCAACACCGGUACCAAAACCUGUCCAGUCACCGCCCUCGCAGCGCCCUCGUGCUAUCCCACCAGAGAGUACUGUGUUUCCACUCGCGCAUUUCCCUGGCACGCUAUAUCACGCGAACGAUAUCAAUGGCUCCGUCGUGACUGCCAUUCUCUUGGGGGUCACUCCCUCUUCGCUGUACAUUCUCCACUUUGGUCCCACAAAUCACCACCAUGACUUGGCAGUACUGCACCAAGUCAUUUCCCUCAAGGACAUUUCUCGAGUUGUCUUGAAGCGCGGCGAGAACAAGUCGUUCGUGGUGCAUUUCAAAACUGCGGGAGCUCCAUGCAAGCCGAUCUUUUCCCAAAGCAGCGAGCGCAUCGUCGCGAUGAUUCAAUCGUACAUGGAGAAGCACUCGGCCAAGCGCCGGCUCGACCAUGGAGGAGAAGACCCGCGGCCCCGCCACGUCAAGAAGGCGAAUGGGUUUGACAUGUCGUCCUUUUUCGCUAACAUGGAAAAAGCAACAAAGGAGGUACCCGAGUGUCCUGGAGGUCGUGCUGACCCAAGUUGCUGGUGGUAGCUGUCGCAAAAGGUCGUGGGUAGCUUCAACGAAGUGUCCAAGCUGCUAAGCGGGGAAGCGCCGCCGCUCACCCUUGCUGCCGUUUCCCAAAUGGAGGCCAACUUUUUUCGACGACCAGAUCCGCACCAGUUGUUUGCGAUCACAGAAGGGUACAAGUCGAUAGCACUGCAUCACGCGCAAACUCCUGGGGACGAACUGGUCGAUCAAGCAGAGACGAAUAUGCUCCUCUUCGUAAAGCAGCCCCAAGUCCAGCGCGUGCUGCACCGUCCCAACUAACUCCUCUGUGGAGAAAUGACAUGAUUGACUUAUGUAAUAACUUAGGACGCCGCUGUGUAGUCUAACUUCGGAAAAUACACUGUGAACGUCGUGCUGAGGGGCGGUGCCACCUGUGAUGCGGCGGUGGCUGCGUGGCUGGUCGACGCUCCCCCCUUGGUGUCGCGAGCUUGUUUGAGCUGCUCGAAUUUGCCCUUGACGAAUUGCGUGGAUGCAAACCACCAGUCGCUCGGCGGCAGGUUGCUCUCGUGGUGGGAGGAUAGCGACCCGCCGCCGACGGAGGCCCAGCGGGGUGGAAGCGUCGUCGACUGGCCCAGGCGGAAGGCGUCCAGCAUGGUGAUGCUUGGUCAAGAGAGAUCUCGAAAUGCCACCGGUCGACGCACUCGUCUUUUGCGCCAGACUCUUCGAAUCACGAGGCCGGCGAU